GACCGUUUGUUUAUUGCCUGGAAUUUGGACUUGUCAAAAUUAGAAGCACAACAGUUUCGGAGUUAAUGGCCAGGUGCAACUGUGAAAAGAACUUCGAUCAGCGAAAGCGACUCCUAAGAUGAGCGCAGAAAAAAUCGGAGGAAAAAAUGCUUGAUCGAGAAGAGGAGCAUCAGACUUCCAGAGAAAGACUAUGGAGCGAUAGGAAGUCCGUUACUCGACAGAUUGAUUGAAUUGGCUGAGAUUCGGCGAAAAUGGCUAGUCACGAGAUACCUAUGCCGUCGAAAAACUCCGACGAGCACAGCGUGGAGACGUUGGCUGAGGUCUUCCGCUGUUUUAUUUGCAUGGAAAAAUUGAGAGAAGCGCAUUUGUGCCCCCAUUGCAGCAAAUUAUGUUGUUACACAUGCAUAAGACGAUGGCUGACUGAACAAAGAUCCCAAUGCCCUCAUUGUAGAGCAGCUCUUCAUCUUCAUGAAUUAGUAAAUUGUCGCUGGGUGGAAGAGGUGACCCAGCAACUUGAUACUUUGCAGGCUGUAAGCAUUUCUAAUGCCAGACAUGAAGAUUCCACUAAAGAUAGAUGUUCUUCUCAUCAUGAAAAAUUGUCUGUGUAUUGUUGGACCUGUCGCCGAUGCAUUUGUCAUCAAUGUGCUCUUUGGGGUGGUACUCAUUCUGGACAUACUUUUAAGCCGCUGGAAGAAGUAUAUGAAUCUCAUGUUACUCAAAUUAAAUCUGAAAUAGGACAGUUGAAACGUAGAUUAAUGGAAUUAAUAACUCUAGUACAAGAAGUUGAACGAAAUGUAGAGUCUGUCAGAGCUGCUAAGGAUGAAAGAGUUAGAGAAAUAAGAAAUGCAGUAGAAUUAAUGAUUGCUCGUUUGGAUUCUCAGUUGAAAGCUAAGCUUUUGACUCUUAUGGGUCAGAAGAAUUCAUUGACCCUGGAAACAGAGCAGCUGGAAGCUUUGCUGCAGGAUAUUGAACAACAAUUACAUACUUGCUCACGUUCUGAACUGAUUGCUCGUAGUGCUGAAUUGUCACAUAUAAUCUACCAAGUUCGUAAAAAACCUAUGAUUAGCUUUGUAACAGCACCUGUACCAGCUGAUUUUCCAAGUGAAAUAGUACCAGGAUAUGAUAGUGCUACCUUUGCAAUGCAAAAUUUUUCUCAAUUACAAUUAAAAGCAGAUCCUGUUUACUCUGCUCCUUUACUUGUUAAUGGUUUAUGUUGGAGACUGAAAGUAUAUCCAGAUGGUAAUGGAGUUGUUCGAGGAAAUUACCUAUCAGUAUUUUUAGAGCUAAGUGCUGGUCUGCCAGAAACUUCCAAGUAUGAAUAUAGAGUAGAAAUGAUUCACCAAGGCUCAAGAGAUACUAGUAAAAAUAUUGUAAGAGAAUUCGCCUCUGAUUUUGAAAUUGGAGAAUGUUGGGGAUAUAACAGAUUUUUCAGAUUAGACUUGUUGGCAACUGAAGGGUAUUUGAACACAGAAUUAGAUACUCUUAUUUUAAGAUUUCAAGUUCGCCCACCGACAUUUUAUCAGCGUUGCCGAGACCAGCAAUGGUACAUAAGUCAAUUAGUCACAGUUCAAAAUCAGUAUGCUGCCCAGAUAAAUGAAUUAAAAGAAAGACUGACAAUGGAAAUCUCACGAAACGCUGGAACAACCAAUACCUGCAGUCCUACACUGGAGAACGCAAAUUUGUCAAGUAAUGAUCAGCAACAGCAGCAAGAGCCAAGCCAGGCUGCAGGAGAAUCGCUCAGCGUGUGUUCUCCGCGUUCUUUAGAUUCUUAUUCCCUCAACACUGCCAGUCCAACAAGGACCUUGCCAAAUGUUUUACCUAACUCGCAUCCCUCGACCCCGAAUAGAGUUUGGAAAAUGAUGCCAUUAUCUAAUUUAGAUGAAUUACCAAAUCUUCGAGCACUUGCAUCAGCAUCUGCAAUGCCUUCUACUUCGUCAAAAGCAAAUAUCAAGCAGUGCUUGAAUAUUAAUAAUCCUACAAAUAAUCCUCAGACAUCGGUUACACAUAAUGUUAAUGAAGAGCGAACGAAAGAAAAUCGCAACGUGGAAAUUCAUUCGCCACAGCCUUCGGAGUUAUCUCCUGCUGGCUUAAGUUCCCAACAAUUAAAUGCUCCAUCAAGUAGCAGUAGCAGCGAAAGUGGGGAACUGAGCGAUCACGAUAUGUUUAUGGAUGAAUGUGAGCAUGCUGAAACCAAUUUGACAUUGUUAGAUGAUAAUUCGAAUGAUGAAAACGACGUUGAUGAUGAAACUAUGUCUGGUGAAAAUGACAUUGAGGUAGCCGAAGCUUUGGUGCCAUGGCUACAAAACAAGCAAAAAAUUAAAUAUCAGGAAAAUAAGGAAGCCACAUCUGAAGCUAACAAUAGUAGGUUAAGGGGAAACGAUGGUCUUGAUGACGAGAUAAUGCUGCUUCACCUAUUUGAAAUGCAGGAUCGAAAUUCGGCCUGGGCAUCUCUAUGCCUAAAACAGAGAUCUGACGAAAUUCAAGAUACAAGAAACUCACUAUCCAGAAUUCAAAAUUACAAUACAAGUGCUCCAAACUCUUCCGAUGCUAUGGGCGCGCGAGCAUCAUUAGAUUACGCGCACAAGCAUCCAGAGCUGGAUUCAUCUGGUGCCGAGCAAAAUGUUCCAAGAAGGCAAUUUCCUUCGUGUAUUUCUCAUCUGUGCAAACCAUUUCCACUGCCGACUAGCCCAAACAAAUCGGAUAAUUCCGCGAAUUCCAGAUACCAAGAUCUAGCAAACAUUAUAUCUUUCAAUAAUCAAGUAACAAGGUCUGAACCGAAUACUCGGUCGAAUUCGGUGGAUUGCGCCAAGGACCAAAUUUCUUCGAAUCUUCCUGCUACGGAUCUCAUUAGCCGCAAUCGCGAGUUAGAUAUGUCGAGGAUAUCCGACUUAACGAUACCAACGAUAUCACUGGACAGUAUUAAGGUUGGAAAAAAGCAUUUAUCUCCGCGACGCCAAUCAUCUCCAGCCUCUUCCAUCCAUGCCAAUACAUCCAGUCUCGAGAAUGACAAAAUUCUGGAGUUUGAACAGCUGCUCGAGCGUAUGGAACUUUCCCCCACCAACGAUGCAGCUUUUCGUAUCAUGAAUCUAAGGAAGAGCUUACUGCCCAGCGAGAAAUCUAGCCCAGGGCCUCAGACGGCAAAAGCAACAUCGCUCUUGAACGGAGCUUAUGGUGGCUUCGAAGAAACUGCGACCGCAAGCAGCAGCAGCAGUAACAAUGUCCCACUGCCGGAAUGCAUGCCAAAUUCGUCGAGCAACUACAGCUGGGUCCCACCACCCUAUCAGCACAAGCACAAUCCAAAGAAGUACAUGGACCUCUCGCUGCAAGGUUCUUCCACGCAGAGUGGAAAUAAAAGCAAUUCCAGUAAUAAAGAUAGAUCUGAGGACAGGAAGUAUUCCAAUUCGCAGUAAGCUCAGCUGGUUAAUCGAGCGAAAAUUGAACCCUAUUAGAUGAAGAGACCUACACAAGUGAGCACACAGCAUUUCCAGAACGGGAUAGAUUAUUCCGAUAAGUUGUCGAUUCGUUAUUGAGUCCAGUUGUUUGAAACCACUAGUGUCUGCGUGUAUAUGUUGGGUAGAUAAUACGAGGAAGCCCUCAAGGGAAAAAAUCAAUUGUGGAUCGCAUUUUACGCUCGACGAGAGCGCAUAACAAGGAGAGUCGCGCGCUAUCGCUCGCGUACAAUGCCGAUUCGCGUGCUGUGUUUUGUAAAUUCGAGUGGUAUUCAGCGGGAGCGCACAACGAAAGUGUUAACGAGGUGCCGUCCUUGGGAGGAGAGAAACGAAAAUCAAAAGUACUUUUUUUAUCAUUCGUUGAAGAUGUUUCGAUAGCAGUGUUAGUGUAUACGACAUGAGUCUCAGACGACGUUUGUUUAUGUUUAGCGCGUAAAUUUGCAUGAUUUUUUAUAGCGGUUAUUAUUAAUAUUAUUCUUUUUUAAAUUUCCAUGUCCAAACGCGUGCGAUGACUUCGUCCUGACGAAGUGAUCUCACCUAGAUACUAAGGAGAUGCAUCAAUAAAGACAUUAAAUGUUCAAUCGA